UGAAGACAGGGGUGGUAAAAUAGUUGGAAGGUGGGUAACAGACAACGAUAAAACCAGGGGAAAUAAAGGCGGUGAAGACGGGGGGGGUGAAGUCAGGGGUGGUGAAAUGCCUGAAGCAGAGACAGGGGGGGCAAUCGUAGGUGAGACCCGAAGAGGGGACUCUGCAGGUGGUAAUGCAGGCAUGGCCAUGAAUGCCAUGGAGGAACGCACCGAGACCAAGGGCGACGCAACAGAUGCGGUGGUCACAGAUGCCAUGGAGGAACACACCGAGACCAAGGGCGACACAACGGUUGCGGUGGCCACGGAUGCCAUGGAGGAACACACUGAGACCAAGGGCGGCACAACAGCUGUGGGUCGAGUAGCUCCCGCAGAAUCAAUCGUAGAAGCAACCAAGGCCGAUGAGGAAGUGGCUACGAACCGAAAAGGGGCAGUCAGGGUCACAAACGACAUGGAAGGGGUUACUAAGAUUGAUGCGGACGCAGGUGCGGCAGACGCAGUCAUGAGGAAGAUUGGUAUACAUAGUUGUGAAAUCAACAGUGCGAGGAGCAUGGUCACGAAGAGAAGAGGAGUUACGUUUGAGAUCAAGCACCACCUCCUCAGCGCUUUGCACGAUCCAGCACCGUCUCACACCGCUUUGCUGAUACAACAGAUUAUCCUUCUCACGGAGAGAUUCAAUGACUCCUUAUAGUGCAACGCUGAGGCGGGCAGAAGUGACGGUAGUACUGACCAAGAGUGGGGAGGUCGAUGGUGGACUGCAUGAACAAAUGGCGCGGUUGAUC